AUGGCAGCUGUUCUGGCUGGUUCUGCGCCCUCCACGGAGGGCAUGGGCGGGUCCCUCCUGGAGGUCUGCGAGCUGUGCUACAUCAUCGGUCUGAUUCGGCAGGCGGCGUGGCGCGCCCGCCUCAGCGUGGAGGCGAGGGCGGCGCUGCUCGACUCCGCCCGGCUCUUGGGCGCGCUGCUCUCCGCGCUCGCCGGCCUGGGGCGAGGAGCCGCGGGGAGAGGCGGAGGUGCCGCCGCCUUCCCGCCUGUUGCCCCGGGCCUGGCGGCGGCCGCGGCGGUCGGCGGCGCCGCGGCGGCCGCGCCCGCGGGCGGCGGUGCCGGCGCGCCCGUGGUGCCUGGCCUGGCGGCGCUGCCCGGCCUGCCAGGCUUCGGAGGCGGCGGGGCUGCUGGGGCGCCCCCGGCGGGCGGCGCCGUGCCUGACGGCGGAGGUGCUCCCCCCGGCGGCGUGGGCGCCGCGCUGGUGGUCGCGCUCGCGGGCGGCGGCGGCGGCCCUCCUGGAGGCCCUCCUCCUGGUGCGGUGCCGGGGGCCCCGGCGAUCCCUGGUGUGCCGAUCGCGGUGGCUGGCGGUCCCAUCGCCCCAACGGGCGGCGCGCAGCUGGGACCACUCGUGGACGGUCCGUGGCGUCAGGCCGUGACUCUGAUUGGCGCCGACUGGCGCCGAGGGGUGAAUCUCGAGCUCCCGACCUUCGACGCAGCUGGAGGCAUCAGCGGGACGGCCCUCUUCGAGGUAGAGGAGAUCGGCACCACGGGCCCCUCAGGGCAGUACUUGAGCGCCCAGUUCAGGGGGGCGUCGCUGGCGGCCGAGGCGAUGCGGCUGGACGGCCUGUUCCCACCGCGCGGCACCGGGCCUGCGGGCCUCCUGCACUUGCGCGGGCAGGGACCGGCGCUGUGCGGGGAGCCCGCUGUGCCAGGCCGAGGAGUCCUGCAUGUCGAGUGGCUGCGGCUGCGCUCGAACCGCGGGUUCGUGGAGCCGUGGGUGCGGCCGAGCGCCUUCGGUGGGCGCGGCGGUGGCGGUGCCUUGACGGGGGGCGCCCCAGCCGGGGGCGCGGCCCCCGACCGCCUGGCGGCAGCUGCCGCGGCGCGCGCGCAGGCCGCUACGGCGACGCCUGGCCGCGCUGGUGGCGGUCGCGGCCGCCGCCGCCCCCGGAGCUCCUCGGCCUCGCGCAGCGACGACGACGGUGAGUCGCGUUUUCGCGAGGCCCCCUCCCGCGGCGGCAGCGCACGGCUGCUGGCGGAGAAGCGCCCAGGUGCCCUGCACGACGAGGCGAUGAAGAACAUCGGGCGCGUCAUGGGCCUGCGGGAGGGGGCGGACGGCUCAGAGGUUCGAGCGAAGGUCGUGGGCUACCUGCAGGCCGUGGUGUUCGGCCAUCACCCUCCAGGGCAGAUGCGGAUCAACACUCAGCGGGAGCUGCAGACGCUGGCGACCGCGCUGGACUUGCUGGAGUGUGGGUGCCUGGCGGAGUUGAGCGACGUGCUGAUGCAGCGCUUCAAGGCUCUGGAGCUGUCACUGUCCGACGCGAGCUGGCAGGUGGCGAGCGAGCUGGAGAUCGUGCUGGACGCGCGGCCCUCGCUGGCCUCGAUGGGCGAGAAGGACCUGGCGCGGCGGGCGGCACUGCUGCGCAGGAGGCUGAUGGGCGCGCAGAGCCGCGGCGCCCUCGGCGGCAAGGGCGCAGCGCGCUCAGGCAGCGCGGGCAGGUCGCCGUCUCCGGGGGCGCUGAGGACGCCUCGAGGCGACAGCCCGCGCCCGAGGGCGGCGGACGGGCCGAGGCGUGUCUCGCUGGCGACGAGCCCGGAGCGCCACGUCUUCAGGCAGGACCAGCCCGCGGCUGCGGCGGCAGCGGGCCUGCAGCAAGCGCCCUCGUCGUGCCAGCCGGCCUGUGGUACGGAUGCCGACUGUGACGGUGAUCCGCUGGCAGAGUGGCGCGAGUGGGCUGGCGCGGCGAGUGAUCUUCUGCGAGAACCUUUCGACGUGGGCCCCGUGUUGUUGAACAUAGUCCGCCAGUUCCCAGGCUCCUUCGGUCGCUUCACUAGAUAUUCCCUCGAGGUAAAGCCACGCGAGCAUCCGGCCGACAUGGGAGGUCGGCUUCAGCGAGAUCUGUUGCCGUUACCAUGCCCUUCGAUUACCAGGUCCCAGAUCGCCCAGCAGGGCGAGGGCCCUUUGAGCGACAAGGAGUGGGAAGGACUACGCUGCAGGCUGGUGGUCACUGUCCUGGCGCUAAACUGGGAGUCUGGGUUCCGCUCCCUGAAGCUGGCCAGGCCCUGCCGAGGUCGAGCCAACGCCGCGCAGCAGGUAGCCCUGGUCGCUCUCGGCCGCCGCCUCCUCUUGGCUACGCGGGCCGAGUCUGCUUUGCCGCCAGAUCUUGACUGGAACGUGCGGCUGAAGGACCGCAAGAUCGGCUACGGCGGGGACGAGAUCUCGGCCCCGCAUCGGCUGGCGCUGGAGCAGGUGCUGGACGGGCUGCCUCCGCCGGGCGUCGCGGCCUCCAUCGAGGCGGCCGAUUUCGCGACGGGGUUCGUGCGUGGGGCCCUCCUGGACCCGACGCUGGCGCUGCUGCCCGCUGCCCUGCGGCGGCCCGCGCCGACAUCUGCGCGCGCGUGGGCCUCGCUCGAGGAGUGGCAUCGGAUUGUGCGGGCGCUCCACGAGCGCGGGAUGGCGUCGGCGAUCCCGAGCAGCGAGAUUGCCUGUCGCGACGGAGCCCCGCCCCUGAACGGGGCGUUCGGGGCGCCCGAGCCCCGCGACGAGCCCGUGGUCUGCAGCGACGGCGAGCGCAGGCCGGUCCUGAGGCUGAUCACCAAGCUCAUCCCCUCGAACGCGUGCCAGGAGUGCAUCGUGGGAGACACCCCUGAGAUGCCGACCAUGAGCCAACUGAACGGCCUGGUGCUGACCGAGUCGGGGGAUCUCCUGUGGGGCGGCGCGGACAGAAAGGCCUUCUUCUACGUCUUCCGCGCGCCGCCUGUGUGGUGGCCUUACAUGGUGAUAGGGCCGCCCGUCCCCUCGGAGUUGCUCGGCCUGAAGGACGGUGGGGCCGCGCGCAUCUGCCUGCGGGUGAUCGGCAUGGGCUGGAUCAGUGCCGUGGGCGUGACGACCCACCUCCACCGGAACAUGCUGCGGCGGAGCGCCUCUGUCCCUCGCGGCCUGCCGCCCAGCCAGGAGAUUACUCGGCGCCGACGGCUGCCGUUCAGCGUGGAGAAGCCGUGCCCUCCGGCGUGUAUGGUCUACAUUGACAACCUGGAGGUCGCGGAGGUCGUGAGCAAGUCCGAGGCCACGACGCUGCGAGGGACGGUGCCCGAGCUCAUCUCCGAGGCUCGCGCCUGUUAUGCGGCUGCGGGCUCCCCGGGGUCGCCGGCCAAGGACAUCCAUCGAGUGCCGCGAGCGACGACCUUGGGGGAGCUCAUCGACGGGGUCGCGGGCGUUCGGCGGCCCCCUGCGGGUUACCUUACCGAGAUGGCCAGCCUCACGCUGUGGACGCUGAGCAAGAAGCGGGCCAGCAUGCGGCUGGUGCGCAUUCUGCUGGGCCGCUGGGUUCGUGUUUCCUGCUUUCGGCGGCCACUGGCGGCCAGCUUUGCCUACACCUGGAAGUGGCUCGGGAACCCGCGCACUGGCGGCCGCUUCAGCGUGAGCGUGGUCGAGGACCUCUUGAUGUGCCUUGCGCUGUCAGGGCUUUGCGUCGCUGACCUGCGCCUUGAAGUCGACCCCCUGGUGACCGCGUCGGAUGCCUCGGAGGCCGCUGGCGCCGUGGUCUACGGCUACGCCCUCUCCGACCGCGGGCGCGCGCUGGCCGAGAGGCGGCAGCGGCCCGCGAACGCCGCCUGCGAGGAGGAGACCGCCCUCGUGACUGUCUUCGACGGCAUCGGCGGCGGGCGCCGGGCUUUCGAGAUCCUCGGGCUGGCCCCUGCCGUGCACCUGUCAUUCGAGGUUGACCCCACGGCGGUGCGGGUGGCCCGGCGCAGCUACCCCAGCACGCAGCACCUGGGGGACGUGACGGAGGCGGACCCGGCGGCCCUGGCAGCCCUGCUGCGCGCCCGAGGCCGGGUGUCGCGUGUGCUGGUGGUGGGCGGCUUCCCGUGCCAGGUCUUCGCGGGCCUCAACGUUGCUCGGCAGGGUCUCGACGACCCGCGCGCGGGCCUGGUUGACCACAUGGUGCGGAUCGUGGACGGGCUGCGGAAGGCCAUGCCGGAGGCGUCGAUCGACUUCCUCGGGGAGGACGUCGCGUCGGUGCCCGAGUGCGACGUGCUGCGCCUGAACCAGCUCUUCGGCCGCAUCCCGCUGGAGAUUGAGGCGGCGGAUGUCGGCUGGGUCAGACGUCCGCGGCUCUACUGGGCUUCGUGGGACCUCCUGCCGUCCUUCGAGGCUGAGCCCGUCGUAGUGCGGGCCAAGACCCAGGACGUUCGGCGCGCCUGCAAGGUGGCGCUGAAGGCGGAGCGGCCGCCGCUCGAGGAGUGGCUCCCGCCUGGGGCUGUGUGUCCGGGUCCCGCUGCAGGGGAGCCGCUCCCGACCUUCGUGCGCUGGACGCCGCGCUCGCAGCCGCGCCCCAGGCCUGCGGGCAUCGGGGAGUACAGCGCUGCUGAGCUGGCGCGCUGGGAGGCGGCGGGCUUCGCUUCGCCGCCCUACCAGUUCCGUGACAAGUGGUGCAUCCACCAGGCGGAUGGCCGCGUGGAGCCGCCUGACGCGACCAUGCGAGAGAAGCUGAUGGGCUUCCCGGAGGGCCACACCGCGCCGUGCAUGACGAGCAGCCAGGCGAAGGCCGAGGCCGCCAAGUACGAGGCUCUUCGGUGGUCGCUCGUGGGCAACUCCUUCCAGUGCGAGGUCGUGGCCUGGAUCACCAGCCACUGGGCCGUCGGAGCUGGGCUGCUGGUCUCGGUGCCCUCGCUGGGUGAGCUGCAUGAGAGUGCGCGAGCCUGGGCUGGUGGCAGGAAGCUGUGGGCCGGCGACGUGACGUCGCUGCGGUGCGGUCGCUCCGAGAUCGACGAGGGCCUGCACGCCAAGCUGGACCAGGCUGGCGGGCCCAUCUACGUGGGUCGUGGGUCUCGCCGCUGGGGGCUGGCUGCCUCGCGGUGGGGCAACCCUUUCGCGAUCAGCCCCGAGCGGUCACGCGAGGACGCUGUUGCCCUGCUCGCUGGUUGGAUCCGCACGCAGCCCACCUUCCUGCAGAGCUUGGAGACGCUGCGCGGGGCCCUACUGGUCUGUCACUGUGGGCCCGACCAGGCGUGCCACGCCGACAUCCUCUUGGCGGAGUUGGCGAAGCGUGACGUGGUGGAGUGGCGCGAGGUGGACGCGUCCAGACGCAUCGCCAUGGGGCUCGUCAUGGCGUGCCACAACAACGGAGCAGCCAUCAUGACCGAUGGCGCCUCGGAGGCGCUCGGCAAGAUCUUCCCGCGGCAGGAGAUCGACUCAGGCAUUUGGCGGUGGCGCAAGGCAAGGCAGCUAGUGUGGGAUGCAGCAGAGCACAUCAACUGCGUCUUCCUGCACCUGCUCGACAGCAUGGUCAACAUCGGUGCGCUGUCCAAGCGCCGUUCCAGCAGUCCUCAGCUCAACAAGGUGGUGCGGACCUUCUCGGCGUGGGAGCUUGCGAUGGGCGCGCGGGCGGUCUUCGGCUUCACCCCUGCUGACCGCCGCGCCGCCAGAGCUGGACUGGGGAAGCUGAGAGACGUCAGGAUAAAGGCCUCGACACUGGCCCGCUACCGUGGCGCCGCUCAGCGUUUUGUUGACUACCUUGCUGCCAAUAACCUGCCGCUGCCUUUCAACUGGGACGAUAUUGAUAUCUGCCUGCAAGAUUAUCUUGAGCACUUGUGGGCCGAGGGCGCCACAGAAGGAGAAGCCAAUGACGCCCUCAGCGGCGUGCAGCACCUGCUGAGGACACGACGCCGCUAUCCUGGCGCUUGGCAGCUGCUGACAGUCUGGGGCAGACUGGAGAUCCCUCAGCGCGCGCCGCCGAUGCCUGCCCAGGUGUGCACGGCGCUCGCCGGUUGGGCGCUCAGCCGCGGAGAGGUGGCCUUCGCGGCCGUGCUGCUCGCGGCCUUCCAUCUCUGUCUCCGCACUGGCGAGGCUUUGGGGCUGAGCGGCGGCGUCAUCUUUCUGAAGCCCUGUGGCCGAGGCGCGGUGUCGCUGCCCUGGGCCAAGACCUCUUGCCAGAAGGGCGCGCGGGAGCAAGUCACGCUUGACGACCCGCUGGUUGGGGCAGUCGUCCAUGCGCAGCUCCAGCGCGACAGCCGGCUCUGGCCUGGCACGACGCGCGCCUUUCACGACUUGUUCCGUACUGGGCUCCAGCAGAUCGGUUGCAGGCACCUCGCCCUGUCUCCUUACAGCCUGUGGCGCGGAGGUGCCACGCAUGAGUUCCUGCUGUCGGGCGACUUGUCUAAGGUCAUGCUGCGUUGGCGCUGGAGCUCGGCAAGAACGGCAAAGAUAUACAUCCAAGACGGGGCUGCCAUCAUCGCAGAAAUGAAGCUCCAGGCCUGGCCCCAGUCUCCCGUGAUGGUGGCCGACCCCAGUCUGCGGAUGGUGGUCUGCGAAUCCAGCUCCGGCCUCGGGGUGCGGUCUGUGCUCUGGC